AUGAUCUCCAGAAGACGUGGUCCCAUCCAAUACGUGCGAUUCUUCGUCUUCUUUUUGUGUCUUGAAGUAACCAUCGCCAUCACGUGCUACGACUGUCAUUCCGAUCAAGGAACGUGCAAUGACGGGGAGUGCGAAGGUGUUGUGUGCAUCAAAAUGGAGACGGCGAAUAAGGCGGAUGACCGUCGAACAAUCCACAAGACGUGCGGCGACGAGGCGGAAGAGAUGUCGUGUCAGCAGUCGGCGUUCGGCAGUAAAUGGAUGAGUCGGUGCGUGUGUGAUACACCGUUUUGUAAUGGAGAUCAGGCUCUAAUCGAUUCUGGCCUGGAACCGUCCUCCGCUGCCCCACCAGCCGCCCACUACACCCAAUUCGCCCUACUCGUCGCCAUAUGUGUAUUCGUUGGAGCCAGUUGCUCUCUGAUUCUCAUCGCCACUAUUUGUGUUCAGUUUUGUUAG